AUGGGGGUGGCUCAAGCCAUGGAAGCUCUUACCGAGCGAGCUGGUCUGAUGAAAGAGUCAUUACACAAAAGCCAAACCAUCACCGAUAACAUGGUCGGAAUCCUCGGCUCUUUCGACCACCGUCUCUCCGCUCUUGAAACCGCCAUGCGACCCACUCAGAUAAGAACACAUUCUAUAAGGAGAGCUCAUGAGAAUAUCGACAAGGCAUUGAAAGCAGCUGAGGUUAUAUUGGAUCAAUUUGAUCUCACUAAAAAGGCGGAAGCUAAAAUAUUGAGAGGGCCACACGAGGAUCUCGAAAGCUAUCUGGAAGCAAUUGAUCAAUUGAGAAGCACUAUAAAGUUUUUCAGCAACAACAAGAUGUUCAAGAGUGCCACCGGAGUUAUUAGUCAUGCUCACGGUUUGCUCUCUAAAGCUCUAUCAAAACUAGAGGAUGAGUUCAGACAGAUACUGCAAAACUACAGCAAACCAAUGGAACCUGAUCGUCUAUUCGAGUGUCUUCCAAGCAAUCUUCGGCCAUCAUCAGAAGGUGAAGGUGGUGGUGGUGGAGGCAAGAGUCAUGAUCCACAUCAUAAGAGCUUAGAAAACGCUAUUUUUACAGUCCCAACGGUCAUUCCUCCAAGGGUUCUGCCUUUGCUUCAUGAUUUGGCCCAACAAAUGGUUCAAGCUGGUCAUCAGCAACAACUUUUCAAAACUUACAGGGAUACACGUGCGGCAGUGUUGGAGCAGAGCCUUAAGAAAUUAGGUGUGGAGAGGCUUAGCAAAGAUGAUGUUCAGAGAAUGCAAUGGGAGGUUUUAGAGGCCAAGAUUGGGAACUGGAUCCAUUACAUGCGCAUAUCUGUAAAACUGUUAUUUGCUGCGGAAAAGAAAAUCUGCGACCAAAUACUCGAUGGCGUUGAGUCGCUUAGGGAUCAAUGUUUUGCUGAAGUCACUGCAAAUAGUGUAGCUGUGCUGCUUAGUUUUGGGGAGGCUAUUGCUAAAAGCAAGAGAUCACCGGAAAAACUGUUUGUUCUGUUAGAUAUGUAUGAAAUAAUGAGAGAGCUUCAGCCCGAGAUUGAGUUGGUCUUUGGAAGCAAACCUUGUACCGAAAUGAAAGAAUCUGCGCUGAAUCUGACAAAGCGAUUAGCUCAGACAGCGCAAGAAACUUUUGCUGAUUUCGAAGAAGCGGUUGAAAAGGAUGCUACUAAAACUGCGGUUAUGGAUGGAACCGUACAUCCGCUUACUAGCUACGUUAUAAACUACGUCAAGUUCUUGUUCGAUUACCAAUCGACGUUAAGGCUACUUUUUCAAGAGUUUGACAGUAAAGAUCCCGAUUCGGAGCUGGGAGCCGUAACCACGAGGAUCAUGCAUGCUUUACAGAACAAUCUGGAUGGUAAAUCAAAGCAGUACAAAGAUGCAGCAUUGACUCAAUUGUUCUUAAUGAACAAUGUUCACUACAUAGUGAGAUCUGUCAGGAGGUCAGAGGCAAAGGAUUUGUUGGGGGAUGAUUGGGUUCAAAUACAUCGAAGAAUCGUACAACAACAUGCAAAUCAGUACAAGAGAGUUUCUUGGGCAAAGAUUUUGCAGUGUCUCACGGUUCAGUCGAGCGGGAGUGGUCCGGUAGAGAACUCAAAUAUAUCAAGAGCAUCAGUAAAAGACAGAUUCAAGACUUUCAAUUCUCAGUUCGAAGAGCUUUACCAAAGACAAUGCCAAUGGACUGUUCCGGACAGCGAGUUGUGCGAAUCUCUUAGGCUUGCUGUUGCAGAAGUCCUUUUACCUGUCUACAGAUCGUUUCUCAAACGUUUCGGGCCAAUGACAGGGAGUGGUAAGAAGAACCCACAAAAGUACAUAAGGUACAAUCCUGAAGAUCUUGAGCGAAUGCUUAACGAAUUCUUUGAAGGCAAAACUUGA